GAACGAUGCUAUCCCACCUCCCCCAACCCCAAGACAAGCACUAUCUCUCCCAGCUAUCUCACUCCCAAGCGCUCUACACCGCCUCGGGAGACCAACUCUCCAGUAUCUCCAGUAUCGAAUGCACAAAGCGGAUGGGGGACGUGCUCGCCUCCCAAGGUCGAUAUCAAGAGGCGCUGGUGAAACUCGAAGAAGCCAAAGCGGGGUUUGACUCUGUUGGCGAGCGGUCGGGAGCUGCUAGGGCUGAACAGGCACUGGGGGAGGUGCUGUGUUCUCUCGAGCAGUGGGAUGACGCUUUGAAUAUCCUGCAGCAGGCGAGAGGGGAGUUCGCUGCCCUUGAAGAACAUCUGGGGCAUGCGCAGUGUUCCCGCGCUGCUGGAGAGGCACUGAACAAGCUGGGAAGGGAGGGAGAAGCACUAGCUUUGUUACGCGAGGCAGGUGCAGAGUUCCACCAAGUUGGAGAUAGACUUGGCGCUGCAGAAUGCGGACUUGGAGUGGGAGCGGCGUUGAGCAAGUUGGGGCAGUAUGAUGCUGCUACCGAAGUACUCAGCAAGGCCAAAACGGACUUCACAGCCUUGACCCAUGUUCGGGGAGCAGCGGAAUGCGAGUUCCUACUUGCGAGGAUCGCGAAGGAAGUUGGGUUGGCAGAUGUCGCGGAGAUGAGAAUUGACCGUGUCACAGCCUCUGCACCACUCCAAGGAAUGGGUAUGAGCACAGUUGACGGACUUGGAUGGGAUAGAAGAUAG